AUGAAAAUAGAAAAUUUCAAAUGCUCUGCAUCUUGGAUUCAGCGUUUCCGACAGCGGUACAACAUUGUUUUUAGAAAGAUCUCAGGUGAUUCAUUUGCAGUUAAUACUGAAAUAUAUUCUAAUUGGCUGGCUAAGGUUUGGCCAUCCCUUCGAGCAGGUUACUGUGAUAAUGAAAUUUAUAAUGCCGAUGAAGCCGCACAACCAUCAUUGGAUUUGAAAUUUAUUAAACUUGUAUUUUUGCCCGCCAAUACAACUAUUGUACUUCAACCGAUGGACCAGGGCGUUAUAAGGAACAUUAAAAAUCAUUGCCGGAAUCAGUUGGUACUCAAAAUGAUUGAGGAUAUUGAGAAUCAAGUAGAAUCAAAAAUAACUGUUUUGGAUGCUAUAAUAAUGCUGAACAAAGCUUGGUGUAAUGUAACAUCGACGGGGAUUGCUAAUUGCUUUCAUCAUACAGGUUUUUGUGACGUUACUACACAGCUACAAACAGACAACGGAUUGAUUAAUGACAUCGAUGAGGACUUACGUCCAGAUUGA